AUGAAUUCUGAUCAUUAAAAAUUUUAUAUUAUAAGAUAAAUAAAACACAUUAAUUAUCAAUCAUUACUAUCUAGAUCUUCCCAAAUAUAAAAAUAUAAGGGAUAGAAAUCUAAAAAAUAUUGGGAAUGCGAUCAAAACAUAAAUACUAUUCCAUAAUCCAAAAUCCAAAGAAAAUGUUUCAAUAGGGUUUUAAUUUUCUAUUGUUUUUACUUUAAAUUCAUCUCUUCUUGUAUCAUACUCAUUAUAUAUUAGAGCUUCAAAAGCAUACUUCAUAGGACUUAAAUAUUGUAACCAGCUUAUCCAAUCCAUAAACAAAGAUUGAUUAGCAUAAAAACCAGAGAAAGCUAUAAGAGGCAUCAAAACUACAGGAAUUAUUCCAGAUGCAUUUUUAGCAUCAGAUAACAUAGAUCCAACCAUCAAUCCUAAAAUUACAAUAUUAUCAUACCCAAACUAUUUCCACUUAAUCCAAGUAAAAUACAAACAAAAAUAUUAAUUACAACAGUACUAGCAGUUUAAUCAUUUAAACCUAUCAUCCAAUAGCAUAUUAAUUAUUAAAUAAUGGGGAAGACAAUUAAAAAUGGUAUUUCUAUAGAACUCUUUCCAACAAAAUAUGCAAAUGUUGAAUAGAGCUUAGAAUUUUCUUCUCUUAAAAAAACAUCUCUUUCUGAAGGAAAUUGAACGAUAACAGGAUUUAAUGCAGUCAUAAAACUACUCAUAACAAGAAAGAAAAGUCCUCCUGUUGUACUUUAAGUACCCUUAAAUCCAGGUUCAUUAGCAGCACCCCAAAAAAUACCUCCAACUAAUAAUCCUAGAAAUACAGCCAUAACAACUCUACUUCUUACUAAUAUUUUAUCUCUUUUUACGUUAAGAAUACCUCUUUUUAAGAUCUAAAUCACCUAUUAUUAAAAGUUGGC